AUUUAUAAAUAAGUAAACAGUCUGAGGCACGAAUGCCAAAGUAAGACACAACAAAACGAAAGAAAAAAUAUGGCGUUGCCCAAAGCCAAGGAGAUCGUUUCAUCAAAUCCAGUCGUCGUUUUCAGCAAAACCUAUUGCCCUUUCUGCGUCGAAGUGAAGGAGCUCUUCACCAAAUUGGGUGUUACUAUCAAGGUCAUUGAACUCAACACUGAAGCUGAUGGAAGUGAGAUCCAAUCGGCACUAGCCGAAUGGACUGGUCAGCGGACUGUGCCAAAUGUGUUUAUCGGUGGGAACCACAUUGGCGGCUGUGACGCAACAACUAAUUUGCACAAUCAGGGGGAGCUGGUACCUCUGCUGACUAAGGCUGGUACCACUGUUGCUUCUGCUUCUGGUUGACGAGCCCGGUUUCCUCUUAUGUAGUUAAUAGCUUAAUAAAGAGUAAAGACGCUCGCUGUUUGGUCUUUUAGAUGUAAUUGAAGAUGCAUAUCUUUCUACUUUAUAUUUUCCUUCUCUUCAGUGUGGAUUCUCUUUAAAUUUGAAAUACAGCCGUUUGAAAAAGUUUA